CCAUUCCAUUAUACACGACAGUAAAGUGUCAUAGGUACUAACCUAUCAUACGCGUAUAUUACCAUAGGUACUCUACACGCAUUUCACAAAAAUCGUUCAAGUUAUACCAGACGUGCACACGUAUAGCAACGUAUUUCAAACUGCAUUCAAAAUCAGGUAAAAAUUCACCUAUAUAUCAUACGAUGAUUUCGUAAAGAAAAUCAGCCGAUAACAUAGUAAAUAAUUCAAUUUUUGUUAUGGAAUAGUAUUUUUACCACCAGCGCAAUGUCUGUUAAAAUAUGAGAGUUAUUCUUGAUUAUUUUUAAUAUCAUUGAGUAUAGAUACUGAGUGAUAUUACGUGUUUUUAACAAUUAAAUUAUCUUGAUCUUUAGUGGCCAUAAAUAAUCAGCGAAAAAAUUCGGGAUCAAUAUUUCAAAUUUUUUAUUUCACAUCUGUUUUGGACAAUCUUUUGUUUGUGUAGGAGGAGAAGGAGGAUGGUGAUUAAAUAUGAACAUAAAAAUGUUUUAAAUAUUAUAGUUUUAGUUGCAUUACUUGUUUCCUAUAAAAUGAUAAUAUUACAAUAAAUCUGGUUGUACUAUCGUGAUUACAAAGUAAAAUUAAUUUAUUAACAAAGUAUACUUUAACUCAGAUUGGCGCUUUAACGUUUUAUGUUUUCAAUUAAUAAUGUACCUAUAGCUAUAACCUUAACGCCCUAAGAACACAAUCGUUUUCGAAAUAUUCGUAUUCUAAUAUAAAUGGUGUUUAAUCCAUUGUAAGGCACUCAUUAUCUCGGAAAGUGUUAACUUUUUUCGACAUUUGUUUUACAGAAAAUUUCAAAAACAAGCAGCUAUGCAAUUUUACCUUUAUGUUACUUUUUUCACCCUAAUUUUUAGGGGUGAAAUGACUAUCUACAUUUUAUUUUCAAAUAGCAACCUAUAUUAAAAAUUGCAUAAAUAGAUGGAAUAGUAGUUAAAAUACAUUUUGGUGCUUAAAUUUUUAAUAUCCGUCAAUCCGUUGACGAGAUAUUCCAUUUUUAAGUUUUGGUCAUGGAAAAUUAGUGGUACAUUAUUAAAACACCACGCGCCAUAAAAAUGACUCUACUCAUCCCUGACCUAAACUUAAAAGUGGAAUAUCUCGUCAACGGAUUGACGGAUAUUAAAAAUUUAUUUUAACUACUACUCCAUCUAUUUAUGAAAUUUUUAAUAUAAGUUGCCAUUUGAAAAUCAAAAGUAGGUAGUCAUUUCACCCCCAAAAAUUAGGGUGACAAAAAAUAAUAUAAAUGUUAAAUUUUAAAACAGAUUGUUUCUUAAAUACUCUUUAAAACGAAUUUGGAAAAAAGUUAAUACUUUUCGAGAUAAUAAAUGUUUACAAUAAAUUGAUCACUCCGUAUACGAAUCACGAUUCGUGUUUACAAAACCAGAAAAUCAGAACAAAAAUGCAAACAAUAUUAUAGAUAGAUGUAUAUAGAUAGUAUAUCAGUGACGUAUUUAUGAAUAAAUUAGCCCCCAUUGUUUCAUGGCUUUUUUCAUAUUGUUAUACAUAAUUAUAAUGCAAUAGUGUAUUUAUUGAUAGUUUCGAAUUUAAACACAAAUUAUACAUUCCGUGAAGAUUUUGUAAUCAUGAUCAUCAUAAUAAUAAUAUGAUAAAUACGUAUAUAAUAUGUAUGAUAACCUCAGUUUGGUAAACUGUUUGUUUUAAAAUUAUUAGCUAGUUUGAUAAUUUGAAAAAAAAAUUUGAUUUUUUGUAUUUGUAUUUGUAUUGAUAAAAACAAAUUUGUAAAAUACACACACUGUUAGAGAGGGGACAUAGCCGUGAAUGAUAUUUGUUAUAUCCACCCUCCCUAGACAAAUUAAUGAAUACCCCACUGUACACUAUAUUUUAUAAUCAUCUAUCGUUAAUUAAAUUCGGUGAAGUUUUGAAAAUCACACUAUUGUAAUGAUACAAUUAUUUUUUAGUAAAAACGAAAAUUCGAUUUCAAUUUGUAUACUUCUUCUUUGUGAAUAAGUAUAUAUAAAAUAUGACAAUAAUCUAAAUUCCGUUAUUCUAAUCAUUUAAAGGUGAACGAAAAAGUUCAGAAAAAUAUCGUGUAUAAUUUGGAUUAUUAUUAUGGAGAAAUUCAUAAAAAAAAAAAUCACAUAGAAAAGUAUUUCAAAUUGUGUAUCGACCAUGUUGCUAAAUUAAUACAAAUACAACGAACUGGUUAGAAAAAAAAAAAAAAACAUGACGCGAUGUUAUCGCGACCUCUUGCGUUUCCGUUCGACAUUUUAAUAAUAUACGAAUAUCAAUUCCCAGUGCACCUCGUAUCGUUAGUAAAAAGUUAAUUUAAUCGUAUUAUAAAUAUUAUGAUUGAAUCGAUGUGACGUGCACGUACUCGUAAUAUUUGAUAGAAUAAAUUAUUAAAAGGAAAAAAUUGAAAAUCCCGGAAAUUUUACACUUGCCUUGGUAUAUACGUUAUUAGUGGGUCACAAAGGUCAAUAUAUUAUUAUUUUAAUAUCGUAUCAAUGUAAAAUAAUUUUACUACUUUGUUGGGUUUUUUUUAUUAUUAUUUGUUUUAAUUAGAAUAACUCUAAAAAUAAAAAUUAAAAAAAUCGAAACUGCAUUAAUUACAAUAAUAUUCAAGAAACGAUAGACAGUAUAUCGUACGUGGUAUAGGACCCCAAGACGCUUCAAAGCGGGGAUCAAAAACGGCAUUCAUAUUGGUUUAUUUAAAAUUGCCGAGUGAUUUUCGUUUCAAUUAUAACUGCUAUAGACAAAAUGUUUAAAAUAUCAAACUACUAUAUGUCAUGGCGCAAUAUUGUCAAUGUCACGCGUCAAAAUCUUGCGGAACCGGGUACGCGCCCUAAAGGCUAAUAUAAUUUUCAUAUUUUCAUACCUUUUUUUUUUUACAAAAAUAACCUAAAUAGAUUUUUUAAUUUUAAAAAUACACUGUUUUCUUCUGUUACCUUCACGACGUAGUUUUGCACAAACAAUCGAGGAAUUGUACAUACUAUUACUUACUAAUUGACAUACUUCGCACGAUUGGUGGGCCACUGUUGAAAGUGAGAAGUUGGGAAGAUGGAGGAGAAAUAUAAUGUAUGCAACGGUUAACCAUUACUAACGAAAAACGAUUCUGAGCGGAGUUUUAUUAAUAGUGUUGCGCUUUAUCACCAAUAUAUACUUUUCAUAUUAUGGUAAAAUAAUUACAUAUGCAUUAUAUGUUUUCUUUAAUAAUAUAUGUUUAAUAUUAUACUUAUUUUUCGGUUUUCCACGUAUUUUCCCGGUUUUUCUUAUGUAUUAUGAAAAGUGCUGAAAAAAUGACUUCCCUAAAGUACCACCCCAGUCCGAUUUUCUUAUAGAGAAAGUGCUAUCGUUGUAAAUCGGAAUAAAAUAACUGGUAGAAAAGUUGUUUACAGAAAAAUAAAAAAUAAAUAAACAUCACUGUGAAACCAAUACAUUCCUCGCUCUGCUCAGAACCUAAAAGUGCGAAAAUCAUAUGAUAAUACGAUCCUCUGAACUGCCACGAUUGUCUCGUAAAUAAUUAAUAACUUAAAACUUAUGAUAGCAAUUAUGAUAACGAAAAACGGACGAAACUAAAAGCGCAUGAAAUUUUAUAGUCCAAGUAGAACACGAUACAUAGAAACGGCUAUGUAGCGUCUAGGAUUUAUUAUAUCGCCUACCGUACUUAUAUAUUAUCUGUACUAUAUAAUUGAAAAUUUAAAUGUCCGAAUAUAAUUAUAAUUCACUACGGGUUUUUCAUCUAUUUAUAGUGUUGAGCAGGAACCAGUUUCUUCAUAGGAACGAAGUUUGGCUCUUUUCAAAUAUAAAAACUAGGAACGAGAGAAAGUUCCUAUUUAUGAGAAACGUAAACGCAAAUUCUGUUCCUUCUAUUAUGAACAAAAAAAAAAAAUUAAAAUAAAAUGCACGUUUUGUUUUUACACAACUCUGGUCUUUUCUUUCUCAAUAUUUUUAUGAGUUUAAUCAGGACUUCACUCAUUCAAUCAUAUGGUUCGGUUUUCAGUCGGUUUUCGAUGGUUAGGACGACACGGUUGUUCGUCACCGUCUACUUCUUCUUGUCCCUCACUGAACCUUUUAUGCGACUCAAAAACUCGAGUACGUGAAUGGUUAUCUCCCCGUACACCUCAGUCAACAGUUUAAAAUAUUCCAUCGAAGAUUUUUUCAGUUUAAAAGAAAUUUUAAAUUAACGCAUUGUUCAAUUUUUAAACUCUGCAUAAUUCCGGCAAUAUCGUAUUAUAACGUCUAAUUCAAAUGACGCGUAAACGCAAACUAAAUUACCAAAAUAGAUAAAAACGAUAUAACCUAAUGCAGAAAUCUUUAUUUUUAAAUAGCCAUACUUCGUACAAGGUAAAUAAUAUGAUAAUAUUAAUAUAAAACACGGUUAUAUACUUAACCGUGAUUUUACACGGUGUUUCGUUGCUAAUGGUUAAUGGUGAAAAUUAAUAAAAAAAAAAGUUUCCUUUUUUAAGGAACUUUCCCAAAUUUGUUAGAAUAACAAAGUAAUAUCAAUACAAAAUAAUAUAUGAUAUAUGAUAUACAUAAUAUAUAAUAAUAAUAUGCUCGUGUUGUUAGCUCGCGAACUAAAUAAUUACAAUAAAUUGUUUCGUGAUAUCAUCAAAUAAGUUUAUUUCGUUAACUGAGAAUUAAAUAAUAUAUAUAUACAGAUCGCGCCACUAUAGUAAAAAUAAGAGAAAACUAUACAAAUUCAGGGAUACCAAAACCAUACAAUUGGCCCAAAUAAAAUGGCCCUCUUGCACCGAUGAUGUGAAUAGUAAUGUCAUAAAACCCAGUUAACAACUGGCUCGUUUUUUUACAAUUUCUUUUCAUAUUUUAUUGAAUAAGACAUAUUUUGAUAAUGAAUUUUUUAUUACGUUUUAAAAGGACAUUAUUUUGAGUUUUAAGGGCGUAAAAGUGUUGUUUUUUUUAGUUUUUGGAGUUUUAUGGAACAUUAAAUUCUUAGUUGCAAUUAAAAUAAUAACGGUACACGAUAAAAAAAAUUGCUCUGUAUUAUAGUAAUUUUAAUAACUAGUUCAUAAAUUAUUUAUCGUUGCAAUACAAUAUUAUUAUAUAUUUGUAUUAUAUUGAAUAGUUGAAAAUCGUACAUAGACAGCCGAGACAUUCGAAACACUCACAAUGGUCGAAUAUAAAGAUGAAGUUGUCAUAUCGGGUAUUGGUGGACGAUUCCCGGAAUGCGACAACGUAGAUGAGUUAAGAGAGUUGCUGUUCAACAAGAUCAACGCGGUAACGAUUGAUUCGAGGAGAUGGGAUCCAAGUAUUGAACUAUUUGUAUAAUAAAAAUAAUAUUAUUAUUUAACCACGGUUCAUAAUCGGCAUUUUAGAUUCUGAGUGUAGAGGAGAAACAAUUUUUUCAACUAUAUUACAUAGCAAAUUCAUAUAUUAGUACUUAUAAUUACUAUAAGCGUAACCAUAACCAUUAACUAUAACCAUUUUCCUUAAGAAAAUACUUUUUAGGUAAAUAAUUUCCGAAUCAUUCACAUCGUACGUUAAUAUAUGCGCAUCUUUCGUCCGGCAAUACUUUAUUUAAAAAAGAUAUUGUCUACAUUAAUAAAAUAUUUAAAAUGAUUUAAAAAGAUAUUGUCUACAUUAAUAAAAUAUUUAAAAAAUAAAUACAUACAAAUUACAAUAAAUUACGAUACAAUAUGUUGGUUUAUUGUUGAAAUUUCUUCGAAAAUGUAAUGAAUUGUGACUGUUAUAUAUUCACAAAAGAUAUAUUAUAUAUCUUCUUCCUAGUAUUUUUGGACAUUUUUAAUGACUCGUUCUAGACUAAAUGAGCUUAAUUUUGGGAAUUAACAUCGUUUUAUAAGGAGAUUGAAGUUUUAAAAGUUAAAAUGCAAUAUGAAUUUUACUAUAUAUAUUUUUGUAGGUGUAAGGUAUUUAAGGUAUUAUUUAAUUAUAUUAUUCUGGCAUUUAUGGUUUGCAAAGAAUAUGUUUACUAUACAAAAUAGAUAAGGGAGAGGGAGAAAAUACUAUUCUAGGGACGAGUUCUGAAGCUUACGGGUGUUUGAUUUUAUUUUAUAAUUUUACCUAUCUAUUGGUCCUAGUUCUGCUUAGAACCAUGUUUCAUUUGUAAUGAUUGCAAUAGCAAUUGCUUUCAGGUAUAACCACUAGAUUAUUCUUUAUAUCCUGUAAUAUACCAUACAAACUUUUCAUGUGCACAACAGCAGCCUGCCUAGGUUGCGAAGUAUGUCCGGUUUUAUAUGUUUAUCAUAUUAUAUUUUAAAUACAGAUGAUCAGUUUAAACUGGAUGGUACAGGAAAAAUGAAAACCGUCGACACGUUUGACGCGACGUUCUUUAGUGCCCAUCCAAAACUGGCCGAAGCCAUGGAUCCAAUAACGAAAAUCUUCAUUGAAAAAUCUAUCGAGGCGAUUAUUGAUGCGGGUUUGAGUCCGUUAGAUCUCUCUGGAACCAACACUGCGGUGUUUUCAGGAUCAUACAUCAGCGAAACAGAAAUGUUCACUUUGGAUUCCUCAAAGACGGCCGCAUUUUCGAUGUUGGGCAGAAGCAGGACCAUGCAAGCGAACCGCGUUUCGUACAUUCUUAAUUUAACGGGUAAAUAAUAUAAUGUUAAUAACCUUCGUAGCUAACGAUCGCAAAUAAUUAUUAUAUUAUAAAUCAAUAUUAUUAUUAUCGUCUAGGUCCAAGUUUUACGAUGGAUGGUGGAUGGCUUUGUGGCGCCAACGGUCUAGAAAAAGCCAAAAAUCUGAUUGAACGUGGUAUCGUAUCUUCGGCGAUAGUUGGCACUACGAAUCUAAUGCUCAGGUCCGAAAUACAACUUCAAUAUCAAGGAUUAAACCGAUUGAAUAAAGGCAUUCAAACCAAGUCGUUCAGUUCCGACGGUAAAUAUUGAUUGACUAGUUUUAUUCCCGAUACAUGAUGGGUUGCACAUAUAUAUCAUAUCAUGUACACUAACACUGUCAUCUUCACCCUUACUCCUAUUGUAUAACAACUUUCGUCUUUUCACCUCUCUACACCAAAUGGUUAGAACUUUUUUGGAGAUAAGAGAAUAAAACUGACUAAAAUAACUGAUAAAAAUUGAUUAAAGGGAAAAGCGGUGAGAUUCUAUUUGCAGAAUUAUAAAUAGCAAAUCAUUGGAAAGAAUACAUGAAACACCUAUACAGAGAGGAAGAUGAUUCAAUCACAUACGUAUAGAAGGAAGAAGAAGAUAGAUUAAACCUAGAAGGUGAAGACCAAAUCAUCAAGAGGGAGGAAUUCAAUAAAUCUUUAAAAUAAUUAAACGAUAGGAAAGUUUUAGGAUACUUUUCAAAUUUCAGCACGAUUUUAUUAUUUAAAAUUAUUACAGCUAAUAUUUUCACCUCAAAAUAUUGGUAUAUUAUAAAAACAACGAAAGAAUUAUUUUGGUGAAUUUGUAUUUUCUAGUUGUUUUUCAAUUUUCCACGUAUUUUUUUUUUAAUAAAUGAGCAAUACUUUAAAACAGAUAAAUUUCACAACAAGCAAAAUUUAGAACAGAAAAAUGUACGAAUAUAGUGCUUUUAUUAUUUUCAAUUUUGUUUUUAUGUUGUAAUUUAGAUAAAAAUAUUCGUAAAAGACUUAGAAUUUCGUUUGAAAACUUUGAUUUUUCGUUUGUAGACGUUUGUAAAUUUUAAAAAAAUUUGAGGAAUUUUUGAGCUUUUUGUAGACAUUUUAUUUCGCUUGUUAUUUUCCGUGAUUUUUCUUUGAUAGCUACUCGAUAGAUAUUAAUGUUAGACUAAACAGAAAUGCUUGACAAUGUAGUGGUCAAAAAAAAAAAUAAAUAAAAUUGAGUGACAUGUAGUAUUUUUUUUUUUUUUUUGCAGGUUUUUAAAAUCAAAUUUUAACUAAAAUUGUAAAUUACAAAAUAUGUUAACCGAACUUCACUCCGAAUCGCUUUUCUUUAGUAAUGAAUUAUCUCUACUUUCAUGUUAUAAAUUAAAUUUUUCUAAGUAUUCUUCUACUAUGUAUAUUAUGUACUCAAUUCAGAAUGAAUUUCGAUAUACGAUAGCUUUAUAUAAUGUGACAUUUGUUUUUAUUUUGUUAUAAUUAGCUGACGGAUACAACAGAUCUGAAGCUUGUGUCGUGAUGUUACUUCAGAGGUCGUCCGAAGCGAAACGUUCUUAUGGUACAAUUUUGAGUGUGAAGUCUAUGUUGUAUGGCGAUUUUCAUGGACACAUAACCGAACACAAUGGAACCAAUUUAAAAUCUUUACUGUUGGAUUGCUACAAAGACGCCAAUGUCGAUCCAUCUACCGUAGAGUACAUUGAAGCCUACGGAUCGGGCAUAAAGGUAAUGGAUAUCAUUAUAUCAAUAUUAAUUAAUGUCCAAGUCGUAAUCGUACAAAUUAUAUAUAUUAACUAUACACAGUGUAGCAUAUAACUAUACUAGAAUACGGUUAAUUUUUUUCUUCCCCAUUUGUAGAUCGAAGACAGUAUGGAACUAAACGUUAUGGAGGAAGUUUUUUGUUCCGACCGAAGAGACGCGCCCUUGAAAGUAGGUUCCAUCAAGAGUAAUAUCGGUCACUGUGAGGUGGCCAGUUUGUUUGUGUCCAUAGUCAAAGCCAUCAUCGCGUUGGAAUAUGGUUAUAUACCGCCGAACAUAAACUACACCAAACCCAACGAAAACUUAUCGGCGAUAAAAUCCGGCAAAAUUAAAGUACAUUAGAAAUAUUAUAUUAUAUUUUUUUGUUAAUAAUCCAUUAAGACAAUUAUUCCUAUACGAAUUUUAUAAAUGAUUUCGAUAUUAUUGCGUAAUAGUGAAUACAGGCGACUAAUGGACUACCGGUUUUUGUGUUAAAAUAAAUGUAAUAAAAAUAAAAAAUAUCGUAAUUUUAUUUUAUUUGUAGAUUGUAACAGAAAAAACUCCUAUCGUCAGUAAUAUUAUUGGAAUUACUGCUUUUGGAAUUCUGAAUGGAUUUAGUCACAUCAUCAUCAAACAAAAUAAUAAAAAAAUUAAGGACAACAUCGACGACAACAAAGUCAUACCUCAACUGAUACUGACGUCCGGACGGACAGAACAAAAUGUUCAAGACACUAUGAAUAAGGUAAUAAAUUAGUACAAAUAGUAUUAAUGAUAUCAGUUUGUAUUUUUCAUCUUCUUCUGGUCUUAAAUUGUACGUUUCGUUUGCUACAGUUCUUCGUGCAUCUCUGUCAAUACUCAACUCUUAAAUUCUAAUAAAAUUUUUUAUUCCCGUGCUCUUUUGAGCUUGUAGUAUCUACUCCAAUCUUCCAUUCAAAUUUUAUUUUCUUUAGUUCAAUAACUGCUGCAAAAGCGAUAUUUUAUUUACGUUAACGUUACAACUGCGACUGCGGUUUAUAUUUUAUCUCGCCAUUACGACAUACGACUUUUUUUCGGCCGUUUGCGCGUAUUAAUCAAAACGAAACUAUUACCUAUAUACCCGUAAUAUAAUAACAGCAUUCAAUAAUCGUAGUGGCUAGGUCAAUUAGAUUAGAUUAGGAUAGGCAGAGUUCCCGGUUUGAUACCCGUCGUCUCCGCGGCCGCCGUAAGGAAAUCACGGCCACCCGUUUUUUUUUUCGUUUUAGUUUGACGCUUUCAUAAUAUAUACGCGCUUCGAAAAUCGCCGUAGGUAAGGCGUUUAUAUAUACUUAAUAUUUUUUUUAAAUAAAAGUAUUAUGGUAUUUGAUGAUAACGCUGCCGCGUGGUAACCGCGUAUUUCACAGAGACCGUUAAUAUUUUUACGUGUACCUACUUAUUAUUUCGUAAACAUUUUCUUUUUGUUUCAUUGUGAUUUAUCCGAGCCAGCAUAUCAGUUUUGUUUUAUUAAAAAUAAAUAAUAAUUGUAUGUACUACGGUUCGAUAAUUCGUAAGUCAUUUAUAAUGUUUGGGAAAUCGAAUCGCUCGCAGAGUUACGGCGCCCGUUUGUAAAUAUUUUCGAUAGUAUUUAAAAAUCUAUAAUGUGUUACGUUUUUUUUUUUUACAUAUUAUUGUAAUUUAUUAUUUAUAUUUUUUUUAAUCGAGAAGUAAUAGCUGCGUGUAUUUUACUAUUGCAUGGGUAUAGUACGUGGAUUUUUAAUAUAAAACUGACUUCAAGACAUGAUUUUAUUUAAAGACUAGGGAAAAUGUUUCUAGAUAUUUUACAAAUUUCUAAAUUUCCAAAUUGAGUGACAACUGGUAUUUAAUUGCUAAUAAGCUUUUUUUGUAUCUUAUUUAACUUCUCCUGUAUCCCUAUUUCCUCAGUAUCUUACUCAGGGCCGGAUCAAACAUUCUUUACUCGGAGUAAAAUAUGAAAUGGGCACCUUUUUUAGAUUCGGAGUGCAACGAGUAAUAUAUUGGUUUUAUAAUGAUGUUUAUUUUUGUAUUUAUUUUUUUUUUUUUAAGUAUGAACAACUUUUCUCCCAGAAAUCUUAUUCCAAUUUACAAGUGUAGCACUUUUUCUGAAAAUCUGUCUAAGGUUGUACUUUAGGAAGGUAAUUUUUGAUUAUCCCAAAAGUUUUCCCAAUAAAUGAGAAAAAUUAGAUUAAUUGUAUCUUAUAUAAUAAUAUAUGAUACAUACAAAAUAAUAAUAAUAUCGAAAUAUUAGGAUAGGCAUCUUGUAGAUUAUUUUUAGAAUUAAAAUAAUUUCCAUAUCUUAAUGAGUCAUCUAAUUCAAAAAUAUGUUGUUUACAACUUUCAAAUUCGUAAAUAAAUUUAAUUUCAUUGAAUUAUUUUUUAUACUUAUUACAUAAUUCAAUUUAAUGUUAUUUUAGAUCACUUAAUGGUAUUUUAAACAACACUUUUACCAUGAAAACGUAAAUACAAUACGUAGGACAUUUUUUUCCUUGGACAUUUUUACCUACAAAUUGCCUUUAUUGUCAGUUAUAAACUGAGAUGGCUUUCUGUUUUAAAAACUCUCGAUAAUUAAUUCUAUAACCUUAUGUGCUGUAGUACAAUGCUACAAGCUGGCUUUUUAUGUAGAAUAUAGGUACCUAUAAAUACCACAUUACUAUAGAUAUAAUUUAUUAAAUAUAAUUUGUGUUUUAAAUAGCUUUAUUUUAACACUUAAAAACAGAAUUAAAUAUAUGAAGACAUAUAUUACUAUUGAAAGGCAGUGACAGAAACAAAUCAAUAAAAUUGUUUUUAUUUAGUUAAAACAAAAUUCAUUAGUUAAUUUAAUCCAUACAAAUAUAAAUACAAUUUUUUGUUCUGUUUAACCAAUAAAUCCUUCGCUACGCUCUGAAUCUAAGAUAUGCCGUCAAAUAAUUAAACCUCUUAGCUUUAAAACCAUUUUGUCUGCAGUAUUGUGAUAACAGUGGAAAUAUUUGUGUUCCGUUCCCCCGUUAUUCGUUCAUCUUAUCGUGCCUAUUUCAUAGUACAUUAAUCUGUGGUUGUAUCUGUUUUUAAAUUCCGAUAAUGAAAGGCGCAGUUAUCACCACUAUGCAUUGAUUUCCUCUAAAUAUUUUUAUGUUAGUUAAUCGUUAUAAUAAAAAUAUUGCGAUACAAAACCAGUACAAAUUUACAUAUUUGAAAGCCAGUCAAAUAGAGGUUCUCGGGCCUGAAUUUGUUUGAUAGUCUGGUAGCAACUCCUAUCCCACCAUAUUUAUCGAAGUUAUAAAUUAAUAGCUACACUACCCUAUGCAUAAUUUGUAAAAAAUAUUUUUCAUACUAUUAUCACACUAAUAUAGUUAUAUAAUAAUAUAACAUAAUAAUAUCUAUUGGCUUUAUUAAAUUUCAAUGUAUAAAAAGAUUACAUAAUUGAUUCUUUAAUAAAUUUAUAUUUUUAUUAUAUACUUAUAUAUUUCUAUCGAAUUAUAAAAGUCAAUUGACUUUAUUGAUGAUACACCGUUUGCUUUCUCACUUCGUUGGACCACAGCUGAAUUGAAAAUAUAUUUAAGAUGAUAAUUAUUGCUUGCUACCCCUUAAUUUGAUUUCAAAUGAUGCUUAUGCAAAUAAAAUUUAUAAUAUUAUAUUUAAUAUUGAAGUAUUACUAAUUAGUUAAAAAUAUUACUAUUGUUGUUAGAUUUUAAGCCACGGAAACAAUGCGGAAUUUAUAGCGAUGACGAAUGCAGUUUUCACAAAGAAUAUCAACGCUCAUUUUUACAGAAGCUAUACGAUAAUUCCGAGUUCAAGUGAUUCUAAAAAUAUCAUCUCGGUAAAUAUAAUAUGAUAGACUUAUCGUGAACAGUACUUUACGAAAAAAAAAUAAAUAAAAAUGCAUUUACCUAUCAGAAUUUAACGUUCAUUUAAUCUUGGUGUGUAUUCAGUGAUUAUUAACUCCGUGAUAUUUAAAUGGGCGGGAGGGAGGUCAAAUCUUACAAGUAAAAUUUGACAAGGGAUAUCAUGAGAUUCAAUUUUACAGGUUACAUCGUCGAUCAUUUUUUUUUUUUUUAUUAGGUACUUUCUGUCCAUGUAAAUGAAAACCAAAUAAGCUAAUAAUAACAUGGACCAUAAUCCGCGUCAUCAACACCAAAAUAACUCAUUAAUAACUCAAGUUAACAAAAAUAAUUAGGUUUUAGUUACAAAAAUAUCAAAAACCCGAUGUUAGGAGUUGAUUUUCGGGAAUCCGGCUUUGGUAGGUUGAUCCGCCUAUGUAUAUAAAUGUUUGGGCGUAAUAGAUUCGAUUGUGGUUUACACACUGACAAACGACAAACAGCCAUAUUCUUUUAUUUUAUUAAAUAUAGAUAGAUUUACUAGAAAUAAGUUCAAUCGGUAAUAUGCAUGCAAUGAUUAUCUAUGUAUACAUAAUUGUAGAACGUUAGUUUGAAGAAGCGACCUGUAUGGUUUAUAUUCUCCGGUAUGGGAUCGCAAUGGCAAGGAAUGGGAGAAAAACUAAUGAAUAUCCCGAUUUUUAUGGACGCUAUUAAUAAAUGUGACGCUGUUUUGAAACCAAGAGGCAUCGACAUAAAACAUAUACUGUCCAGUCAAAAUCCUGUAUUGUUCGACAAUAUUCUUAAUUCGUUUGUCGGAAUUGCCGCGGUUCAGGUUCGUCUAUAAAGUCAAAAAAUUACUUAUUCUAUAAUAUCGAAGAGUUAACUGUUAUAUUAAAAAAUAUCUUUAUUUUUAGAUAGGAUUAGUGGACAUUUUAAGAGCAUUAGACAUCGUACCCGACGGCAUUUUGGGACAUUCGGUCGGAGAAUUGGGAUGUGCGUACGCUGACGGUUGUUUUACUGCCGAAGAGAUGAUUCUAUCUGCAUACUCCCGAGGUCGAGCAUCCCUCGAAACAGACUUGAUUGCAGGAAUGAUGGCUGCAAUAGGUAAUGUUAUCAAUAGUACAAUGUGUUAAAAUUAAUUUUUUUAUUUUUAUGACAAUUUUUUUCUUUUUCUUAUUCUUUAUAGGUCUCGGAUACAAUCAAAUAAAAGACAGACUGCCGCACGACGUCGAAGUGGCGUGUCGGAAUAGUGAUAGCAGUUGCACAAUAUCCGGUCCCGUAGAAAGCAUCAAUACUUUUGUGGCACAAUUAAAAUCUGAAGGGAUUUUUGCAAAAUCCGUGAACGUGGGUGGUAUAGCAUUCCAUAGUAGAUACAUUAAGCCAGCGAGUCCGGUUUUAUUAAAAUAUUUAAAAGAAGUAAGUUUAAAAGAACUAGUACUUGAUUUUGGAAAAAAAGUAGUAAAAGUACUCUAGCUACUUUAAAAAAGUAGUGUCCCUAGUAUUUAAUAUCUUUCACGUUACACGUUACAUGGACAGGGAAUUUGCAAAACGCUAGAGCUUAUUCUGAAUUCUCUGAACUUGCCUUAUGUCACUAGCUGUAUGAGGUCUCAUACGAUAAAACCAUACUCCAGAAUUGAACGUGCACAAUACUGUACCUUAAGAAAUUUACUUAGAUGAAGUUCAUUAGCCAACGUUAAUUACAUAGUCUAGUGAUUUAAAUGCUCUGCAGCAUACAUAUUCAAUGUGCUACUAGGCUCGAGGUUAGGCCUAAACUUAAAACCAAAAUCUAGAACACUAUGAGUUACACGUAGAAUAUUAAAUACUGUAAAUUAGUAAGCAAAAAUCUUUAGAGACUGAAAUCUGCUAAAAGUAAAUAUCUUACAUAUAGACUUAUUAAGUAAUAAAUCUAGUGCACAAACCCAGCAGAGAAGCUAUAAAGGUCGGGGUUUGAAAAAAUUUACAAUCAUUAAAAGAGUGUAUUUACAUAAAAAUGUUGAUGUCAUCCGCAAGAAAGAGAAUGCGAGAGUAGCACAGAAUUCGAUGCACAUAAUUAAUAAUUAAAACAUUAAUGGAGACAAAUGUCUCCCUUGUAGGUGAUGAAGCCAGAAAUAGGUUAGGCUUUAAACCAAGUAUUUUGACCUAUGGUACCUGUCUUUAAGGUAUUAUUUUAACCACGACAAUAGUAGUUCACCAAAUCCAGAUUCUUUUAAAAUGUGGACAAGUUCUUUGUGAUUCAAUGAAUUCAAUGAAUUGAAUGUUUUUUUGAAAUCGGUAUAAACAUCAUUGACCUGAAAACGGCAUUGAAAUGACUUAAAAAUAUAGUUUCAGAAUAAGAUAUUACAAGUGGAUGUAGAGCAUCCGGCACGAAAGUUAUACUAUUCAUUCAUAAGAAUAUAAAUUAGAAUAGAAUUCAAGAUUAGAGAUUCAAACAUUUUGGCUAUAUAAAAUUGAACUGAUAUUGGUCUAUAAUUGGAAACAAUAAAGGGGUACCCAGAUUUGGAGACAGGAGUGUAUAUUAUUGUUGGGAAAAAUUCUUCAUCAAGUGAGCAUCUAAAUAAAAUCCAUAUAAAAUACAAAACAAUAGACCGUAAUUCAUAAAAAAACGAAGGAAUACGAUUUUGAACGCUCUGUUGUUCAUUGAAAUAUAGUAGGAAUUUGGUGCAAUGUUGUCAAAUGUAUUAUAAACGGUGUGGUUCUACGCUUAUUAUGAAAAAAUAAUAUAAAAUAAAAAUAGUUCCCUCAUAUAGUGACUAAUAACAUUACAAAAAAUAAAUGUAAUGAAAAAUAAUGUACAAUUUAAUAUAACUUUUCCCUCAGUACAUAAAGCCAAUAGAAGUUUGAUAUUUUAAAAUAUUUUGAUGUAUUUUAUAAUUAUUAAAAUGUUGUAUAACGUUUUGUAUAUGUUGCCCUUCUCAGAUUGUAUUAUUGUAUAAUUGUUUCUCCAUGUUUAGGUAUUAACUUAUACAUUUUAACCCCGUAAAAAUAUAUAGUAUAGAAUAUUGUUCGAAAUUAAUACAACUUAUUAUUGAACUUUAUCCACGCGCGGUGUUUUAACAAUUUUGACUAGACUGCCUAUACUGGUAUAUUUACCCAUGAGUAUUAAAGAUAUAGACAUAGAUAAUCUUUAAUAUCUAUGUAUUUACCAGAAGUUAUUGUGGGUGGACAUUUAUCAAAAUAAUCUCGUCACUAUGAGAUUAUCGUUACAACGUUAGAAACCCUUAUCAUAACAAUAAUAUUAAUCAAAUCAUAUAGACUCAUGUAAUUUAAUGUGUAUUAUUAUCUUUAUCAAAAGACCCAACUUAUCUUGUUUUUAAUUAAUUAAUUAAACUUGAAAUUUCGUGGUAAAGAGGUAAAUAAGUAUAAAAAUUACGGAAUCGUGUUACAAGAAAAAAAAAGUGCGGAAUCGUAUUCCUGGCAUGGUAACGUCGCGUUCGAAUACAAUACGAAUUUAGGUAGAAAGAAAGGUCGAAAAAAUAUAAUAUCGAACAAUGAACGUGCGGAAUCUUGUUUUACCCAUAAAAAAGGUACCAGAAUGCUAUAAUAGGUCAUUGGUUACUGGUACCUGGAUUUUUUAUGGAUGAUUAUUAUUAAUGGCUACUUAUCAGUUAUCACGUAUCAAAUAUGAUUUAUCAAUACAUUUUGUAAGAUUUAUAUACUUAACACAAAGAUUUAAGUUGAUCAAUUUUAUAAAAAUAGGUAAGCUUAAUAAAAACCCGCCACAUGCAUUCCCCUUUAAAAAUGAAGUAGGAAUACUCUAGGAUAUCUAACAAUUGUUGAGGUACUCAGUCUUCCUGCGCUCUCUUCUCCAAAUCAAGUACCUGAAAUAACCUAUUAAAAAACCAAUUAUAUGCGUUAAAUUUAGGCUAUUAAAACCGGUUUAUACGCCUUUGUAGGUGAUCAAAGAGCCGAAAGCAAGAUCAUCGAAAUGGAUCAGUAGUUCGUUAAUGGAAUCCGAAUGGAACAGCGAACUUGGAAAAUAUUCUUCGCCAGAAUAUCAUACGAACAAUUUGUUGAACAGUGUGUUGUUCGAGGAUGCCCUUAAGCACAUACCCAAUGAUGCUAUUACAAUAGAAAUCGCUCCACAUGGUCUUCUUCAAGCAAUUAUCAGAGGGGCUUUGCCCGAUACGGUGUCCAAUAUAGCGUUGACAAAACGAGUGUAUGGCGAUACUGUUAAAUUUUUACUAACAGCCAUUGGACAGUGAGUAUAGUUCUAAAUAAUUAUUACUCACAACUGUAGUAAAAUGUUAAACUAGAUUAGGGUACUUUUUUUAUUAGAUCAAGUAAUAUUAACGCGGUCGAAAGGAGGAAGGGGAACUGAUGCUUACAUGAAAAUAAAAAUAAAAGUAUAUUUUUAUUAUUUAAAAAUAUAAACUAUUGUACUUUAUUGUGUAUGGUAUGUAUGUAUAUUGUACAGUUUUUUAGACAAUUUAUAAAAUAAGUAGCUCUACAAUAUUGCAUUACUAUUAUUUUUCGUCGCCCUUACUUUUGCUUUUUGGGGGUAAAACUACUUCCCACUUUUAUCUUUUUAAAUUGCAACUGACUUUAAAAACCUCGUGAAUAAUAAUUGUGUUAUAAAUUAAUUUUUUUAUAACUUAUCUUGUUUUAAAUAAAACUAUGAUUGCAUUCUUGAAAAUUGCUGUUAACUAAAUAAUAAUUAUAAUAAAUAGACAACGUUUUGGUUAAAAUACAUUUUUGUGUUAAAGUUUUUAAUUUUCCUGAACCCGUUGACGAGAUAUUAGUGUAUUAGAUAGUAGUGGAGCACUAUUCAAAUACCUAACACAUUUUGCUGCCAUAUAAGUUAUACACUUUUAGUAGCUCCUUCUGGAUCAAAAGUCCGGUGAUUUGAAGUGAUGUAAGUUAGAUUCAAUUUCAAUAUGACUUUCAGCAUGUUAUUAGCUAUUGCGGAAGACGAGUGUAGAGCAAUAUAUAAAAUGUUAUUAAAAUUUGAAAACACAGAAAAAAAUGUUUUAAUAGUUAAAUAUGAUAAUAUGUACAAUGUUCGUAUGCCAGAAUUGAGGUGGCCACAUUUUAGAAGAAUCUCUAAACGGAAGUUUCUAAGGAAAAAGCAAGUCUCUACACCAGUUUCUUUACAGGCGUCUAGAUGUAUUAUCUGGAAUCUAUUUGUAAGCCGGUGUAUUGGUGUGAGGAUUUGAGUGAGUGUUGAAUGUUUUGUAAGUUUUUUUGUAGGUUAGAAAUGCAAGUGUAUUUAUUUUUGACACAAAUACGUAGUCAUAAUAUAAUGAAUUGUUUGUAACAUACCAUUGUACCAAUAAGGGGCUUUUGUAAUUAAAGGUAGACAUAUCAAUUGGAACGCUUGGAUGUUAUUAGUGUUGAACGACCACAGAAAAAUAAUAUAACUUUUUUUUUUUAUUUCAGAUUGUACAUGGCUGGUUUGAAUCCGAAUAUACUAGAGCUCUAUCCAAAAAUAAACUAUCCCGUAAGUAGAGGAACUCCAUCGAUUCAUAGCUUGCCGUUUUGGGACCAUAACGAAAUAUGGACGCCUCUAGUCGCAAUGGGUUCAAAGGUAAAAUUAUUUCGGUGAUUAUCGAAAUUAUAUAUUAUCAUUCGUAUUUUCAUUAGCCAAUAAUGCUAAAAAACGCUCUUACCUUAUACGCGUAAAAACUUAAAAAGGCAUACUUAAUAUUAUGUUAUCGAUAGACCGAAGUGAUACUUAAAUGUUAAACUUUAAGAGUAAAUGUGCACAUUGCUUCCUCAAAAUGAUUAUUGUUGUAAGAUUUUAUCGCGUGUAUUGUAAGUAAUUACAUUUUUCUCUCACGAUCUCUUUCUUUCUCUCUCUCAAAAAAAACAAACAAAAAAAAAGUGCUAAUACAGGAGACGGGUAUGCCAGUCUUGUAAAUAGGAAGUUAAGAAAAUAGGAUAUAUUAAGUAAUUUAAUUUAUAUCCUUAUGUAACGAUAAAGUAUAACUAACGAAAAUAAUUUAGAGCGAAUUUCGGUUAGACAUAUUUUGAAAGGUUGUUAUAUUUACGAUUUUCGUCAAAACUUAAUUUUUAAAUUCGUAUGAAAAAAAAAAUACUACAUUAAACUCAAUUUUUUUUUACCGCAAAAUAUGACUUAUAAUGAAACUCUUGUUAAAUUUUCAAAGAUUUCUAUUUAGUCAAUUAUAAUAAUUGUAUACACGGAGUAUACACCUACCAAAUAAGAACCACUAAAAAAUUAGCAAAAUUAAAAUGUUUAUAAAUUAGCUCAAAAAUGAUUCAAAUGUUUUGAAAAUUUCACCACGUCUUGAAAAAGCAAAAAAAAAAUUCUAUCAAAAUUUCAAAUCUCUUCGAACACUUUUAACUGAAUCACAACAAAAAGAAAAUAUUAAAUUUAAAACGAAAUUCUCCUAUUCUUUCUACGUUUUUUUUUUCGAUUUUAAUCAAGUACAAGAAAAACUACAAACAAAUUUUAAAAAAAGACUUUUCGUCACCAACUAAAUUAAAAAUUCAACAAGAAAGGUAUCUUGUUAUUUUUCUAUUGGAACAAUAUUUGUGGUAGAAAACAUAAUCCAUAACAAUUUUAUAUAAAGACUGGUUAAAUUCGCCAUAAAUUUAUCAGUUUCAAUUUUUUUAUCUUUUUUUGGUUUUUCCAAUUAUUAUUAAAACAACCAUAAUUAAAACUCUAGAUCAAAAAAUUCAACAAAAAGGUCUUUUUUUGAAGGAGAAAACAUAAGUUUACAAAAAUGUUUUUUUAACGGUUUUUCCCAAUUAUUACAAAGAUUGCUUGGAAAAUCAAAAAAAAUAAUCUUUAUAUUAUUAACUACAUAAAAUUUCUUUUCUGAAAAAGUGCUACACUUGGUACAUCGGAAGAAGAUUUUUGGUAGACAUUUUGUACACAUUAUAAAACCAAUGCAUUCCUCGUACGUUCCAAAUUUAAAACAAUAUACUUAAUAUCUUAAUAGUUAAGCUUUAUAAAAUAUUUUUCAUAUAGAUAUACCUGUUUAAAAUUGUUAUAGGCAAUACGUGGAUUAUUCGGUGAAAAAACGACCACAUUGAUACUUAACGAUGACAAAUAUUUAACAGAGUACCGAAUACUUGGUCAACAUGUUUUUCCACUUUCACAUAUACUAGUAAGUGUACAAACAAUAUUCCUAUAUUAUUUUUAUUUUCUAUAUAGUCUAGUACCCACUUUGCAAUGGAAUAUUUAGACGAUAUUUUUACGAUAUUAUUUUGGAGAAGAAGAAUUCUUUUCGAUUUUCCAGAAAAUGAUUUCAAUUUUAAUGUAAAUACAAUGUUUUAUCGUAAAAUUGCAUGCACGUAACUAGUAAUAUUCAUUAUAUGUUACCAAGUAACAAAAAAUUAAUAAAAUUAUGAGAAAUAAAAACGUAAAAAAAUAUAAAUGGUAUUGAAUUCGCCACCGGGUAUCGAACCUAUUACCCUAACCAAAAUUUACCUUAUCUCCCUAUCAACUAGACUACUUACCUAACUGAUGAAACGAUACCGUUUCAUAGAUUUAUAAUUUAUCAAGUAGUUUCAAAAUAUUAUAAAUGUUAACCUUUACAAUAAAAUCCAGAAAUGUUGGGAACAGGAACUUUAACCUCUUCUGAAUAGUGGACAACAGCGAUAGGGGAAAGGUGGAGGAGGAGGGGUAGUGAUAAGUGCCCCCCCAAAAAAAAAAAAUUGGCUACGGUACUACGGAUCCAUUGGUCUAGCUCACAUCGCCGCAAUCGUCUCACCGCCAUGCAUUUCACUGCGAUUUAUUUCGCCGCCAUUAAUUUCGCGAACAACUUUUCGUCGCGAGAUAAUUUUUUCGUUUGAAACCUUGAGCUGUAUCUUGAUUAUUUUUCAUCAUACGCUAGUGUAAUCUUCACUGUUAAACACAGGGCGAUUAGGAGCACUUCAUAUUAAAAGUACCCUCCCCGUCUGAUUUUUGGAUCAAGUAUAUCUCGACGGGAUUUAGUGAAAGGAAAGUGGUUUUAAUGCCAAUAAAUUCGGCUUCGUACCCCACACAAGUCCCCUUUAUAGUUUGACAACGUAAAAUCUCUUCCAAGGGAACUAGCUUGAAAUUCGUCCGAUCACCAUCUAACCAAACCAAUCUUUGGAAACGGACCCUACGAGUCAUGUAUAAAUUACCCUAAUAAAAUUUACUACUUUUAAUUGUUUAUACUUUUUUCAUAUUUUUAUUUUUAUGCUGCGGACAUAAAAACAGAUACAUUGGGACAAAUCCGAUGAUAAACUGCUAGGUUCGAACGUAAAAAAUAUUUAUAUAUUAUUAUCAUUAAAUGUUGGUGUAAUAUCACAUAAGAAUAUAGAAUUAUUUCAUAGGUCAGAAUUCAGAAUGAACAAAAUAUUUUUGAUUUAUAUAAAAUCGAAAAAUAUUAUCAGUGUGUAGCUGUGUAGGUAUGAGACUAUACUAAUGUGUAAUUUUAAGAUGUCUACAGUCACUAAAAUCAUAGAUUAAUAGAUCUAUGCUAAAAUUGUAGUGCACGGUACGCGGGUUCGAGUUCUCCAAAGUCCGAAAUAGAAAAACCAGCACGAAUGGCUUGUAAUAAUGGGGUAAAGGUAUAUUUAAAAACUGAUAAGUAUAUAAAUUUAAUAUUAUUGUAUUUAUGGGAGGGGGAGGGCUAUAAAUUGUUGGAAAGUAUUUUGUCAGAAAGUUAUUUUCGGAAAAUAUUUCGUUGGAAUCGUAUUUUGUCGGAAAAAUUAAUCAUUGGGAAGUAUUUUGUGGGAACUGUUUAAUAUAAUUUCAUCAUAAGUACUCCAUGACUGCAUGCUAUCGUCGUUGGAUAAAAUUAUUUUCCGACAAAAUAUGGUUCCGAAAACAUAUUUGCUGACGAAUUAUUUUUCCGAAAAAAAGCUUUCCGAUAAAAUAUUUUCCAAUAUUUUACGCGCCUUCCAUCGGUGGUAUCACAAAACAAGAUUAUUUCUAGGUAAAAAUAAUUGAACAUAACAUGUAUAUUACAUUGUAACGUAGCGUCAAUGUAAAAGUUAAACAUUUAAACUAUGUUGCUGAAUGUAUCAGUUAUUAUUUUUACGAAUUAUUUAUACGAUAUUGUAUUGAAACUACUUGGUAAUGUUUUUAUGCAAUACAAAUAUAACAUAGUGGCUACAUUUUGUAACUUAAAUUGUACAGUGGAUAUAAUUUAUAUAGUAUUUAUAUAUGUUUUAAUAAUUUUCAACUUUAAGGUCAACGUGUGGGAAAUGUUUGUGCAAAUGAAAUCGAAAACAUUUUCGAAAGACGCCAUUCAAUUCGAUAACCUCCAGUUCAAAAACAAUUUCAUUGAUCAUUCGACCGGUAAAAACUAAUAUUUAAUUAUAAUAUUGUUUUAUUCGAAAAAAAAUGGCAAUAUCAUAAUGUAAUGUAAUGUUUUUCUUUGUACGUGUAGAUAAAAUCGAAAGCUACGUGAUGAUUCAAAGGGGAUCCGGUCUGUUUGAAUUCAGUCUGAAUGACCAGCUUAUACUCUCGGGUCAGAUAAGUUUUUUGCACGAAUUGAACGUCAAAGCGGAAGUACCGACAACGGACGCUGAUAAGGCUUCCGACAGUUUACACGGAUCUGCUUCAAAAGACGAAAUAUACAAUAUUUUCGAAAACAGCAGAUACAACCUCGGGGACAAUUUCAAAAACAUUGCCAGCUUCAAAAUAUAUGGAAACGAAGUACGUGGAUAUGUAGAAUGGAAAAACGAUUGGGUUUACUUCUUGGACGGAUUGCUAAAGUUCCCAGUUUUGGAAAACAUAUCUACGUGUUCCUUGCAUGCUCCGGUUUCCGUAAGACAAAUUAUCAUUCACCCGGAAGUGUUUGAAGAACAAAUGGAAAAAGGUAUGCGUAAGCGUAUUAAAAUUUGUUUGAUCGAAUUAUUUUAAUAUUAAAUUCUAGUUUCAAAUAAUUAAUUUUUUUUUAAUCAUAUGUAAUAGUAUACGUAAAUUACAACACGAUCGCGAAAGAAAUAACGUGCAACGGAGUGAAGAUAUGUGAUGUAAAAACCAGUCCGGUAACGUUUACCAAACACAACAAACUGGCAGUGAACUUGGAAGAACAAAAAUUCAUCCGGUUCGACUAUCCGAACUGCAAUGUACUUAAUAUAAUAAAUAAUUCACCUUUAUUCAGAGGUAUAGUCGAGCAUACGUAUAAGUGGGUAUACGGCGUAUACAGACAUCUUGGUUUUUUUACAAUAUUUAUACUCAAAACUUUUUUCUUGAAACGUGGGUAUACGUUCAUUUAAACGCGUAUACUUAGUUAUUAUUCACGUAUAUGCCUUCCUUAUUGUUAUUAAUUAUUGAAAUGUCAUACAUAUAUAUGCACGUUAUCACAACGAUUCAACGAUGUAUGAAAACAAACAGUGACCUUUCUCUCUUUUUUUGGCUCCAAACUGUUGCUGAUGUCUAGAGCUCCGUACUUAAUGUUUUUAAAAAGUACUAAAUAUGCAAAUAGAUGUCAAAAUACCCGGCCAUCUCUCUAAAUGGCACAUAUGGUAUAUUUAAUCUAUAGUUCAAGAUAUUUAGUGACAUACCCUGCAACCCAGCAACCUCUUGACUAGGCCUAUACGUACUCUAUUCCAACACGAAACUUUUUAAACAAUUUAUCACGGAUUAUAUAGUUUUUGGCAUUUUCGGCAAUGAAAUAAAAAUAGUAUAAUCGAAAGAAAUAAUAGCAACACUAAAUUGUAACCAUAUUAGUCGGAACUGACACUUUUAUUUACGGGUAAGUAUACUCAGGCCUGUCGUAAGAUAUUUCCUGACCAAAAGUUAUAAUUUAAUUGCCGUCUUUUUUGAUGAUAAUUAAUUUCAUUUUACCACUCAUUUGUCUUUAAAACUUUAUGCCUACCUAAAGCAACGCAUGGCUUACUUGUAUUUUAGCGCCGGACCUGGGUAUAUUAAUUUAAUCAACUUUAGCCACUGAAUUAUUUUCUAAGUAAUUUAUUUUAUAGAAUCGUAUUUUGAUAGAAGCUAAUAGAUAAAUAUUUGAAAAAAUACAAUACAAUAAUACCUAGAGACAAGUUUCAAAGUUUAGAUGCGUUAAUUUUUAAUUUUAUUUAUUACUGAAUUUUCAAAUAGUAUUAUCAUGAAUCAUAAAAUAUUCUUAAAAUUACAGUAAAAUCACUAAAUAUUUAAAAUAUGCACUAUAAACUUUUGAUAUGUUUUUCGUUGUUUCGAAAGCAAAUGCAAGUCCCGAACCCUACACAUAGUCUUUUUUUUUUAAUUGGCCAUUUUUUAUCUAUUCUAAGUUCUAGUUUCACCACUACGUAUACUCACUAAACAAUGUAUGACUAUAUCAACGGCUAUUCCAAUGUUAAAAAAUAUGCGAUGAAAAAAUUAUAUUUAUAAAAAUCUAUAUAUCAUUUUCAGAACGUCAACGAUUUCAUUUACGAUUUAAUGAACAUCAUACAAAAUGAUAACAAUUUGAAUAUUCAAACGGCCAAUGGAAAAUGUAUUUUAUGUAUUCCCGAUCGAUUAUUGCAAUCACUGGACGGUUUUACUCGUGCGCGUCAUGAAAACAUACCCAUAAAAACAAUUAUAGAAAUUAUCGGAGAACAAUUGUCGAGCAAUGUAAGUGAUCCUACUUAUAACAAAUUACAAUAUUUAUUUAUUUAUAUCUCAUAUUUUACUAAAGGCUAAGCCUUGUCGUAGCGAAAAUAGACAACUGAUCAUCUUUCUUUAAUGUUUGAGUCUUCAUAUGCGAAUACCCGUUAGAUAUGAACAUCCAUUACAAUCAUCUCGCAUCUGAUUGCCUUUAUUUUAUUUCCUAUUCUUUUGCGUCCAUUCUUACUACCUUGCAUUAUGUUAGUUGUGAAAGUGUUAUUAUAUAUUAUUAUUCCCGCUUCUUGAUCUAAUGGUAUCUGGUAAUAUUGAUCUUAUUUUAAUAUAACUAUUACGAAGUAAUCUUCUUAACGUCCACGUUUGCAUUUCAUCUAGUUUUUUUUUUCAUCAUACACUGUUAUGGUUCAAGUUUCUUUGCCAUACAAUAAAAUUCAUAUGUAGCUAUGGUAAAGUUAUUUCUGGUCUUUGAACUAAUAAUAUAAGAUUAUUUAUAUUUAUAAAAAUAAUAAUAAUAUUUUUACUGGUGGUUCAUUUUAAAAGAGCAUAAUAACACGUUUGGAAGACGUCAACGACUUACAGGAAUACGACGAGUCAGGCAGUUAUAUCACGGCAGCUGAUUAUAACGACCUCAAAAAUACUACCAAAGCGCUGGCUAACAAGAAAUACGGAUAUGUGAUUGUAUGUGGGAUAAAAAAUCCGCAGGCAAUCAAAGGCUGGAAAAUUAUCGUCCAUCAGAAGUUCGACGAUAACACCUACUUGACGUUAAUGAAAAAGGUACAGUUGUUUUUUAGAUUCUAAGUGUAUGAGGAAUUUAAAGGCUGUACUGGUAUUAUUUAUUUAUUUAUUUGUAUGGUAGAAACAGAAAUAAUAAAAAUACAAAUUAGGGAAAAUGAAUAACAUAAAUAAGGCAUUAAUAACAAAACAAUAAGAAUAAUAGAUAACAUAAUACAAGUUUCAUAUUUUUUUUUGGAACUACUAUAAUUUAGUACCUACCUAUAAUAUGUUAUAAAGCAUUGUGUUUUUAUCAUAUUAUUCUGGUAUUUAUGUUUUGUAAAGAAUAAUAUGUUUACCAUACAAAAUAAAUGAGGGAGAGGGGGGAAAUUCAGAGGGAGCUCUAAAGCUUACGAACUCCGGUUAAUUGGUUUAUCAUUACUUACAGAUAUACAUUAAAUUCCCGUCUAUAUCCAACUUCCCACCUACAUUGAUGUAGGUGGAUGUAUCCAUCCCCAUUAUCUUAUCUUUCUUUUUUUGAUUUUUAAUAUGUGAAAUUUUGAUUCAAUACAUAUACCUAUUUGCUUUUUUGACAUUAACGUAUUACCUUAUACUAUGUACUAAUGUCUUAUAAUAACAUAUAUACUAAUUUCGAGUACCUAAUACUUAUAUAUAUUGUAUAAUUGUUUUUAAUUUUAAAAACAUCGAAAUAAAAAUCAAUUCUGAUAUGUCACUCCCUAAAAUAAAAAGCAAUUCGAGUGAAUGAUAUUUUUGAAAUUGGGAGGCAAUUCGAGUAACUUAUUUAAAAAAAACUUAACGGGAUACAAUUUGAGAGUUAGGUGGGAGACGAUUCGUGUGCGCCCGUUUAGCGUUGGCCGGAACAAGCUCCAUUGUAUCGACCCACGAGGGGACGCCAUAUAAUACCGAAUGUACCACUGACGCAAGGAGCUUCCUUUUGGACUACUUGGAUCUUUCCAGGUUAGGACAUCAGAAAAUCCAGGGUGCAGGUGACGUUUUCAGCUUAGGACGCUGCAUCUACGAUGUGGGUCUUAAACAAGAGAUUCUUUUAAAUGGCCAUGCCUAUGUAGGUCAUCUCCUUACCCAGCUCCAGCACCCGGUUAUUUAGCAACAAAGUCGGUAGCAAAAACUUGUUUUUGUUGGUAAACAAAACUUUCUUGAUCUUACCGACGGCUAACUCAAGGUCAAACCGCCGAAUUUCAGCUGCAACGGGUGCCAGGGAGGUGUUUGCUCUCUCCUCAAGCUCCGCAAUAGAUCUUUCUGUGGAAAGGACCAGGGUGUCGUCUGUGAAAUCGAUGAGCUUAGAACCCGGAGGUAAACGCAGCCUGAGGUUGCUGUCGUAGGCAAGGUUUCAUAGGAGUAGCCCAACGACUGAUCCCUGAGGUACCCCGCACGACACCCUGAUUUCGAUCUACCCAUACCUACCUUGAUGAAACGCAAUUCAGCAAGCUUUAUUGCUACUUAAAGAGGUUUGUUAUAAAAGCUGUUUUUCCUCCACCCAUGGUAUCCCGAACAGAAACAUCGGCAGAUUCCAGACCUUUGACUGCAGACUUUAAAUCAUCUAUAAUCUGAUCAUUUUUCAGCCAGUCAGUAAUGUUUAUUACCAACACCUUGGUAGUUCUCGCUAGUCUACCGAUUUUGAUACUUGCUCCAACAGCACUUUUAAGCUUCUCUGCUAGCAAGUCCACCCUAUCGGCGUGUUCAAGCAAAAUAGCUCCUGCCUUGGUGCGUCUGGUGUUGGUGACCUCAACACCUAACUCCUGGAGAUUAAUGUAUCCCAUAACUUUAUUCAUCACCUUUGCAAAAUUUAACAGGAGGUUCAUUAAGAGUCUUACUUUGUGGCCACAAAAAAGAAAAAUUGAGUUUAAUGUAGUAUUUUUUUUAUAAAGGAAUAUUAAUAUCAAAUUUUGAUGAAAAUCGUAGAGUAAAAAAUUAUGUGGAACAAAUCUAAUUUUUAAUUUUUUUUUUUUUUUUAAACAUAUGUAUAUUGCCAAUUAAAGAACCAUAGUGAAGUCAUCAGAAUUAAGCGGACUGACUAAGUUUCGAAAUUAUAGCUUUUUGAAGUUCUGGUUUUCGCGGACAUUAUGUGUUAUAUUAAAUAACUAAAUAUUGUCUUAUCUAAAUUAUGCUUGUCGUAGCUGAAUGAUUUUACAUAUCUUUUUUCAUCCUAGAGUUGGUGAGUUCGAAGAGUUCCUUUCCUUUUUAACUAAACAAGGAAAACCAAGUGUAUUUUGGAUAUACCUAGAGACCCAAGCAAUCGCUUGCUCGGACUAUAUUAAUCACAAAAUACCCCUCGAUUUAUUCUGCAAACUUUCCUACCAAAAAUCUUGUUCCGACGUGUCAAGUGUAGCUUAUUUUCUGAAAGGAAAUUUUAUCUCCAUUGUAACUUGAGCUGGUCGUUUUUUGAUUUUACCAGGAGUUUUCUCAAAAAAUGGAAAAAAUCAAUCGUGAAAAACGAUGAAAUAACCGGAAAAUGUACAAAAUACAUUAGAAGAAUAUUACGAUUUUUUUGUCUGUAGAAAACUUUUCUACCAUCAAUUUUGCUUCGAAUUACAAUAAAAGCACUUUUUUUAAAAGAAAAUCUGACUAAGAAGGUGCUUUAGAGAUUUCAAUUAUCAAUUUUCCAAAGAGUUUUCAAAUAUAAAAAACUGGGAAAACCAUGAAAAAACCAGGAAAAUCGGUAUUAAACAAAUGUUAUUAAAGAAAAUAUAAAAUGCUUAUUUAAUUAUUUUACCAUAAUAUGACAUAAAUUGUUGACAAAGUAUCACUAUCAACUGAACUCCGCUCAGAAUUGUUUUAUCGUUAGCAAUUUUUUUAUCGUUGUUUACAAAUAUACAUUAAAUAACCUAUAACAAUGGCUGCACCCAUCUUUAUGUACCCAUCCUAGGACGUCUUUUUUUUUCCUUUUUUUUUUAACAUUUAUUUAACCAAUGACCGGGGUAGUAAAAUCCUUCCAGAUGUUUCACCUCUAGUCACCAUCAUUUAUUUAUCGGAAAUAUUUACAUUUUUUAAAUCUUGGUCUGCGAGAGGGGCAGGCCUCUCUAGCUUGCCAGUAUAUCGGUAUUACAUAUUUUGUAUAAUUUGGUGUUGGGCCCACAUUAAUGUAACGAAAAAAAAAUAAAUACUAGGUACGCAUGUACAGUAAUCAUUUAUUGACGUGGGCUGAACCCUCUUCUCAAGCCAACCCCAACCCGCCACUCUGGAAUUAUUAUUCCUUAUAUUAAUUAAAUUGGAGCCACUUAACAUCUCCUCUUCUCGCCCUUCUAUCUUACUCAGGAUUCUGUAGACAAAGUUAUCGAUCAAUACCCAAUUUUCAUUGGACGACAGUAGUACACCGAUAAGAGACCACGCAUAUCUCGACUUCCCUUCUACGUACUUGCCAUGCAUCACAGUAGAACAGAGUGUGCAAGGCGCCAUCGUUUUUGUUGCCGCAGUACUAACUCGCCAAUUCUGACUUCCCGAAUCUGGCCAGGUGUACCCCAAAAUACCCGUGCCCGCUUAAAGCCUGGUUGAGGUGGUAGUUGAUCGCUCCGUGUUUCUGACGAUCCUAUAUGUCCAUGCACGUUUUGAGCUGGCACUCCAUCUUUCCUACCUUGUGGACAGCGUUUGGUCCACGACUUGUUGGGCCGUACCACCUGUGUGAUCAUACGCGUUCCUCUGCAAGAGGUCAAUGGGAUGGAUACCAGCGAUCACGCCAACUGCAUCCUUGAACACCGUGCAAUAUGACGACGCUUCCCUUAGUGCCACUUUCCUAAGCACUCUCCAAAGAGCUUCCCAGCCUGCCAGGCUCAUGUAUGGGGACCAAUUGGGGAAGCCGUAAAGUAGGAUCGAAUUGUCUCCAUUCUCCUUUGUCUCUAUUUGGCAGCACUGAUGUUAGACAGUAUCCUGGUAAGACACGGAAGUGCCUCGCUGACUUUCUUUGUUUUUGUCCUUGCGUGUUCAGUAAUGCCCAUUUAUCGUCCAGUGUAAUUCCCAGGUAUCUUAUUGUGGAUUAAGUACCAAUCUCAUGUCCAAAAAUGUUAAGAUCGAGCUCAUUAUGUGAUCUAGUCCUGCUCACCAUCAUAACUUCACACUUCUGCGUGGUGAGAGUGAAUCCGAUAGUCAUUAACCAGUAAUGAGCUCUUUCCGCCGCCAUAUUCAAAAAGUCAAUUUAAAGUCACGACCUCGUAGUUCUCCUUUUCUUGCGUGAAAAGAGCGACGUCGUCCGCAAAUGUUAGAAAUGAUACGCCCUGUGGAAGAGGCAUACUGAAAAGUCCGUCAUUUAUGACGUUCAACAGCGUGGGACCUAACACCGAACCCUGGGGUUCACCGCACGUGACCUCCAUCUCCACAGGUGAUCCAUCGGCUUCGAACAAAGUGAAUCGGUUUGCUAUAUAGCUGUUGAUGAUCUUUUGUAGGUACUGCGGCACUUCCUUGUCCCCAAAGGCAUCCGAGAUUGUUGACGGGGAGCUAAGCGUAGGAUCUCCACCUUGCACCACCUCUCAGUUAUUAUAUUAUUAAGAGCUCAUGGUAGAGCACUCUCUGCGGAAUUCAUGCUGUUUGUCACUCAGGCCUCCAUGCGUUCGAGGUGACUCCGUAGCCUCGUAUCCAGGAUUUCUGUACGAGGAUGGGUCGUCUAUUACUUUGUCAGCUUUAUUAAUUAGCACCAGUCCGAUCUGUUUCCAAAUCCGAGGAAAAAUGCCUUCAACAAGGCACUCGUUGAACACUUCAGCCAGCAUUUUCGGGUUGCGUGAUGCUAUAAUUUUUAACGCCUCUUUUGAGAUACCGUUUGAAACUUUAACUAUCAUAUUCUUCAGCUUGCUUAACUUCUUGGAUCCCUAUCUGCAUGACAUCCUCCAUCGUUUGGAUCCCGGUGAUUGGAUGCCUCGCCCGGUGUCAAGGGAACAGCGCGUUCACGUUAGCCUGCAUUCUGCCUGGCUUGGAUAGGGGAGGCUUUAUAAGCCCACCUAUCACCAUUUUAUACGGGAAACCCAAUGGGUCCUACUUUCUACCUGGUCGCAGAGCUUUUUCCAUACUUCGUCUUUAGCCCUCCUAAUGGUAUGUACCAGGUCCCUCUUCACUUGUUUAGCACUCUUCUCUUCUGCUGCACUUGCUGUAGCUCCGACUCGGUUUCUCUUCCAUUGAAAGACCCUUCACUAGUGGUUUGCGGCUUUUCUCAGCACCCCUAUUCCGGGUGACCACCAGUGUACUGAUCAUAUGGUAUCGUAAUAUGUGGUAUCGCUAGGUCCGGAGAGGGAACUGCGUAAGUUGCUUUCUCUCCGGUAGGCAUCGUUUAUUUAAAUAAAUACAUGUAACACUUACUCGUACAUAUUUACAACUGAGUAUACGGCAGACUACCCGACCAAUUAAUCUACGCCUGCCGCGUUUACUCUUGGAUGUACACAACACAAUAACAAAUUCCACUAAAUCUAAUCUAACCUAACCCAACGGACAUUCUUGAAAAUUGACCACAAAAUUUAUUAUAGUAGUACUUGUCAAAAAAGUUCAACAUAAUGUAGUAGUGUUUUAAGUUCAAAUCGUAAAAACCACGGUAUUUCAAUACAUGCAUAACUGAACUUCGUUAGAAAUAAUUUAUAGUUGGGUAGAAAUAUAAAUUAAAUAACUCUAUGUAUCAUUGUAUUCUAUCUUCUCAAAUUUUCUACUUGAAAUCUUACUCUGAUUGUCGACAUUAGGAAUGGUUUAAAUUAAGGUAGCAAUUAAUUUUCUUUAGUCGAUACAUCGAGACAAUCGUUUUUUUUUAAUUUUCUUCGCACGUUUUUCUUAAUUAUCUAUGUGUACGCUGUAAAAUGAAAUAUCAUAUUAUAUCGCAUAUAGGAAAUUGAACUUUAUGGAAACGGUGUAUUUAUAAAACCUGCUAUCGACGAUUAUGAUAAUACCGUGUGGAAAACAUUGGAAAAACAUGAAUCUUCGAAGGAAAAGAUUUACAUAAUUUCUGACUCGGAACCGCUGGGCGGCAUUGUCAACCAUGUCAAAGAAAUGUUAAUCAAAUAUAAAUCGCCAAAACUACGGUAAAUGUUGCAAUAUAUUAAAAAGUUAAUACAGUGUGAUCUAUCUAUCAUACGACACUCAUUAUCUCGGAAAAUAUUAAAUGGAAUAUCUCUUCAACGGAUUGACAGAAAUUUCAAAUUUAAACACCGAAAUUUAUUUUAACUACUACUCCAUCUAUUUACGAAUUUUUUAAUAUAGGUUGCUACUUGAAAAUCAAAAAUAGGUAGUCGUUUCACCCCCAAAAAUUAGGGUGACAAAAAAUAAUUUAAGUGUUAAAUUUUAGGACAGUUUGUUUCUUAAAUGUUCUUUAAAACAAAUUUUGAAAAAAGUUAACAUUUUCCGAGAUAAUGAAUAUCUUACGAUAGAUUUAUUAUUAUUAGUUAUUAUUAUUAUUAUUAUUAUUAUUAUUAUUAUUAUUAUUAUUAUUAUUAUUUUUAGAUUUUUAUUUAUUUUGGAUUCGAACGCACCAGGAUAUGAAUCGAACAAAUCGUUUUACAUGAAUCAAUUGUCUAAGGAUUUAAUGGUUAAUAUUUACAAAAAUGGUGGAUGGGGUUACUACAAAAGAGUUUUCGUGGAAAAUAUCAAAGAUAAUAAAACUCCUCAAAAUUUAGUGUUGAAAAAAGUUUCGUCUAAAAGGUUAAAUUAAAAUUCAAUGAUAAAAACAAACAAAAAAUUGAUUUUGAAAUUAAAAAUUUUUCAAACUAUAUUUUUUCCAGCGAUAAAUUUACAUUAAAAUAUUUGGGAUUGAAUUUCAAGGAUUUGAUAGUCGAAGAAAAAACCGAAGUAAUUAAAAAAAAUAUAUCAAAACAAAAUUCAAGAAUUUUUAUUAAUUAUAACUCUUGCAUGAAAAAAAAAAAACAUAAUACUAAUGUAGAACGAAUUGGGAUUGUUCGAGUACUCUGGUCUUGUCGAUGCCAAUAAAAUGCGGAUGGGAAUAGCGUCGUGUAACGAAAUGUCAUCUGAAUUGAAAUUCGACGAAAUCUUAUCUUGGCCAGUGCCAACAAAAUGGUCACUAGAAGAAGCGACGACCGUUCCUUUGAAUUAUGCCUUGGUAAAUAAAACACAUCAGCCGUAUUUUUUUUCCUCUAGAAAUGAGAAAUUGCCAUAAUAAUAUUUUUUAAACCAAUGUAUUAAAUACUUACCUAAACAUUUCAUAUUCUAGCCUAAAAUAUAUUUUUCUGGAAAUUUGUUGAAACCAAGACUGAAUAAUAUAAAUCAAUAAAAUAAUUAAUUAAAAAGUGGGAGUUGAUUUUAGCUUCAAAAUAACUUAGAAAAUUACGUUAUAUUUAUUUUGUAUCACCAAUUAAUGAAUAGUAAAUACGUAUAACCACAGUAACGUAGCCAAGUAGGGCUAAAGGAGCUAUAGCCCCCCAAGGACCAUGUUUAUGUAUGCAUACUAUUUUACGAAUUAGGUGUUUUAAUUUUACAGUUACUUCUUCCAAUCCUGGUAGAACCUUUUCACCACUGAACCAUAUGAAAUUGUAUUAUAUAGUAAGGCGCGUACUAUAUAAGCAAACAGACUCAAUGGGCAAUGUAAAUAAAAAAAAAAAAAGACACAAAUAAAAAUUAUAUAAAUUACUUUAUUCCCUCAAAAUUCUCAUAGAAUGAUGCAGUUGUCAAAGGAGUCUAUAAUAUAAUACCGCUACAGCAAAAUAUUCCAAGAUAUUAUAUACUCAUUUCAUCAUGAAGAUUUUUACCAGUUUUUUUCAAAAUUAUUGCAUCGAAAUACAUAUUAAAGAGCCCGCUUUUUUUUAAGUUUUGGUUGAACUAAUUCAAACCUCUAUUACCUAUAACCCCAUAAUUAAAGCAAAAACGUUUUUAGCCUCCCUCACCUCUGUACACAAUUUUGGAUACGCCACUGUAUAACCAUAAAACAAAAAUGACGUCCGAAUCGCGUAAUGUUCAGUGUAACUAGCUUGCCCAAUACAUCAAUACUCAAAAAGCCGUGUAUCGAACGUAACAUAAUAUUAAUUCAUUUAUUUCAGAGUUAUUAUGUUUUAAAUAUUUUGUGUAAUUUGAACCACGAAAAUACGGUUUUAAUCACCUCGGGAUUGCACCCCAUGGGUCAAGCUAUAAUUUCGAUCGCUUUACAUAAAAAAUGCAAGACGUACGUGGUUGUACAAUACGACCAACAGGUCGAUCAACUCAUCAAUAUAUUCCCCGAGGUAAUUCUUAUUGUAUACAAUAAAAGUUAACGGAAUCAUUUAUGAUAAGCAAUUAAAAUUUCAAGUUACCGCGUUCAAGAAUAAUUGUAAACACCAACGACAAAUUUGACAUAGACUUGAAAAUGAUAACUGAGGCCAAUGGCGUUGAUUUCAUAUUAAAUUUUUUGGAUGGCAAAGCUUUCCAAGCAGCUUUUCGGGCUAUUGCCAAACAUGGAAAGUUCUUCCACUUUUCCAAAGCCGAUAUGUCCAAUCGUGGGAGAUUAGGUAUAAUAUUCUAGUAUUAUUCGUACAAUAAAACCAUUUUAGUUUUUGUUGUACGCUGAGAAUAUAAUAUACUAUUAAAAAAUGUUAUUUAAUAAGGAACGAGAAUUUUCUUGCAAAACACUUCGUUUACGAUUAUUUGCCCGACUAUGUUGUUGAAUGAGACGGACCAAAAUAAAACGACAGUACAAAAAGCGUUCGCGGACGGUCUGAAUAAAGGCGUAAUCAAGCCGAUCCCCAGAAACGUAUUAAAAACGCCGCUGAACAGUAAUAUUAUUUUCGACGCUAUGAGGUAAGCCAUAUUACAAUAAUAAUGUUCCUAUUUGGCAUCGAUGGCGAAAAAAACUAUUUUCCAUUUUUAGAAAUGCUUCCAAGUCGAACACUUCAGAGAAGGUCAUAUUGUCGCUGAACGACGAUUUCGGAAAUGCCAAUAAGUCAUCGUUGGAAAAUUUUAAAUGUGACACGUACCAAUGCAAUCCAAAUUAUAUUUACAUAAUAUUCGGUAAAUUUUUAAUACCAAUAGAUAGUUCACCUGUUAAUCUGAAAUUUUACGAAUACAGUACGCUCAUCACAUUAUGUUUUAUAGGAAACGCGUCGGACUGGCUGGAUCUCGCCGAAUGGCUGGCCGAUCGGGGAGCUCAAAAGAUCGUAAUCACGAUCAAACGGUGUUUAAUAUCAUCAAUCAAUUCUAGAAGGUAUUAUACAAUUAAUAUUAUGACUAAAAUUUGUGAGAAAGGCAUUAAGGAAUAUGCAUGUUUCCGUCUAUAAGUUCGACACUCGAGUAUGGUAGGGUAGAUCAAAUGAACAGCUGAACUAAUUGUUUGUAAAAGGAAGUAUGGUUCAAUUUAUAAUCGAUACAAUACUCGUAAAUAACCUAAAUAGGAAAAGACCGCAUGGUAAACCGAAAUAAUAACUGUAGUUAGAUGCGAUCAAAAGAAACAUCGCAGAAUUGAAGUCAGAUUGGAAUGCGAAUAUCCUAAAUCAUAAGUUUAGUAGGAAAAGUGGAAUAAAUCGAUAUUGAAAGCAAAAAGUCUAGAUAGUGCUCAAAACAAAUAAUAAUAGUAUGUGCAAUAUUAUAUGUGAUUCGUUGUACCGAUUAUUUUUUGUUAUCAGGUUCGACAAACUUAUAUCCCGAAACGUGUCCGUUCAAAUCGAAUCCAACGUAUAUUUAAACAACCGGGUAGACUCGCUGAGCUGGUUGAACCGUUUAUCGGCGUUCAACGUCAUCGGCUCGGUAUUUAUAAUCAAUCAGGUCGGUAUACGAAUGACAAAUUUUGUUUUGUUAUAUUUUACUGAUUCUAUAUUUUGUGGUCUUCCGACAGAAUGACAGUAAAAAAAUCGAAAACCUAGGUCACGCUUUCAAAGAAACUUCGAACAAAACGAUAGCUACGUCGUUCUUGAAUAUUUCGAGUAACGGCGAACACGUUUGUUCACAACUCAAAUCGGUCGGUUUCAACGCUUUGAACGUACAAUGGGGCGGAAAAUCAUCACAAUCGAACAACAUAUUCAAAAUGUUGCCGGCUCUAGAUACACUAAUACAAAAAUCAAAUGCCACGGAAUCUUCGUCGUUUGUGUGUUACGAAAAAGACAUAAAAAAAGUGAAAUGUAUAAUAAAAAUAUAUAUAGUAUAUUUAGUUACAAUAUCUCGAGAAAAAAAAAUUAAUUUACUAUACAAAUUAUUAAACACGAAUAAUAUUUCCAGGGUCUCAGCAAAUGAACAAUUUUAUCGCACAUUGUUUUCCUGAAUCCGUAGAGGAGUUACACCAGCUAAAAGACAAAAUAACCACCGAAGCGAGAUUCGUGGAAGUCAUGACUCAAAGCCCUAAGUUUCAGAACAUCCAAUCAGUGACGCCGGUGUUUUUCGUACCAGGAUUUAAGCAGGAAUUCCUCAAACCGUUGUACAAAAAGUUAUUUUUUCCAGCUUUCGAAGCCCAGCUACCCGAAGUUGUCGGUUCGAUCGAUGACGUGGCAAAGGAUCUAGUGGACGUAAGUCGAACAUGAAAAUACGUUUCACCAACCCAAUAUCCGUACCUUUAACAUAUUUUUUAGAACAUCAAGACCAUAACGGAUAAACAUUAUAUAUCUUUGAUCGGAGAAUCGUGGGGCGGAAUCGUCGCUCUGAAAAUGGCUCAGAUAUUGGAAGAUCAAGACAUAUUAGUAACCGUGUCAUUAAUAGAAGGUGAACCUGAAAGCCUGAUUGAGUGGGCGGGUUGUUUUUUAUCCAACAACAAUUUCAUCGACAAGCUAAACACGAAAUACAAUUUAAAAUCCACCGAGGUGAAAAACAGCAAUAUUUUUAUCAUAAUUUAUAUAUUAUUUAAAAUUAAGUAAAUGCAUAAAAUCGUUGCAGCUAUUUAAAUAAAUUAAAAUCCAUAUAGGUAACUGUUCAAUAUUAUUUAUAUUAUGUGAUUAAUUUUCAAAUAUUAUUAAUAUAUAUAUAUUAGAACGAUUUAGAUUACUAUAGAGUAUAAUAAUACGUUAAUCGAUAUUGUAAAUUUUUAAAUCUCGUGUGUUCUGCUGUAAUGAGUAAUAUUAUUUUUUCGUUUUUAGUUGUCUAAAUACGUAAGAGAAACGUCUAACAAACAAUUGGAAUUCAAAUACAAAACACAAGAGGCGUUAAACUGGGUUCAGUCUUGUCUAAAAGCAUUGAUCGGCUCUAAGCCGCUGUCGAAUAAAUUGAUCACGAAAGUCGUAUUAAUUAAAUACAAACGUACAUUGGAAUUCUAUAAAUCCUUUUUAAAUGAUGUAAAGUCUAUUUAAUUACCUACCACGUCACUUCUGUGAAAAUCAUUUUAAUUUAAUUUUUUUUUUUUUCAGUAUUGUCUGGACAGACCGAUCGUGAAUUUUAUCGAACAGGCUGAUUACAAGAGUAUGAUGGUAGACAAAAAAUUAAUUGAAAUUAUACAUAAGAACGUAGUGCACGUGUAUCCGGAAGGGGUGCAAUUAUCAUUGACCGAGAAAUAUCAAAAUUUCUUCUAUUUCUAUCAAAAAUAUUUAAAAUAGACUUGAUAAUAACGAUAUAAUAAAAAUGAUUUAUCUGCAAUGUAUUAUAAAAUAUAAAGUAUACGAAUAUAGAGUCUAAUUGUAUUUUUAUGUAGCAAUUAUUAUAUAAUAGAAUUUCUAAAUAAUUAUUUUUGUACGGUUUUAUUCGUAGUAAAUAAAAAUACAUAAGCAGCAAACCUUCGUUUAAACCUUCGUCGCUAAAGCCGAAUUUCCACCUAGCUGACUUGUUGUUACAAUAAU